GUCGUGACAAACUGCUUCGUUUGUGGCAUCCUGCUAUUAAUAGUAGGCCUAAAGCAAAGCUAUCUGGACACCAACAUAGUAUUGUGGAAAUUGUGACAAAUGAAAAAGAUCAACAUGUCAUCAGCCUUUCCUCUGCAAAGGUUUUUAGAGUGUGGGAUAUACAGAACCUUUCACUGCUGCAGGUCUUCUGUGACAAUCAAGGGAGUCCUGGAGAGUUGGAGACCUCUGCCAUGAUAUUUGACAAUGAUAAUGGCACAAUCAUGACUGGUUCAGCUGUUAUUGAUAUUUAUCCCCUAACUCAUAUGGUACAAGAUACAAGACAGGUCCCACAGACACAUGACAAAAGCAUCAAUGUUCUGGUUUACAACAGGGCUUUUCAACAAAUUCUCUCUAUCUGCUCUGAGUCAAUACUGAAGGUCUGGGACCUAGAAACAGGAUAUCAAGUAUAUCAGAUUGAAGAUGUGCACGGGCUGAAUACUGAAGUGACUUGUGCAGCCAUUGAAAUCGAUGGGUUUUAUCUUGCUACUGGGGCAUGUGAUGGAACAGUGAAAGUCUGGGAGUUUGAAAAUGGGCAGGAAGUUAAAGCCUUGCCUUUGUCCAAGUGCAGCAAAGAUGAGUGUCGUCUGUUGAAGAUAGCUUAUCUGAAGGCUAAUGAAAGUCAACAUAUACUUCUUGCUUUGGAGCAGAGUGGGAAGAUGAAAAUCAUUCAGGGUGACUCAGCUCAAACAGAUCUAUACGUCACAUGGGUGCUUCCUGAAGCAGUGUCAUUUCCACGAAGAAAUCCAGUUGUAUCUCUGUCACUGAAGCCUGACACCUUACAAAUACAUUAUUUUUUUCCGGAUAUUCAGCUGCCACCUGACACCAGUUCUCUGGGGAAUGAUACAGAGAAUUUUGUACCUUCUGUGGAAAUUACAUGUUUUGAUGUUUUAAAAGUAAAAGAAUGGAGUUCAAUAGCUGCAGGAAAUGCAAAUGGUGAAAUAAUUUUGUGGAAUUUUGAAUCUGCCUCAGUGAGAUGCCUGCAUAAAACUAAUGAAGACAGACAAGAUUCAGUUCUUCAAUCAUCUGGAGUCAAUGCCAUGUUAUUCCUUGUACAUAGUGCUUUCUCUUCCAGGAAAGAUACUUCCCUGCCUUCUGCUACUGCUGCUGUGAGGAGUGAUAUCAGUGAUAACAGUGUCAUUUCAGAGCACACAAGCAGUUCUUUGAGCCUUCGUGCGGAGAGUGUAGGAAGUGAUGAGAGUGAUACUCAAAUAACAGGAGCAGAAGAAACAACUGGCUAUAAGAUGAAUGCACAGUUAUCCAAAGCUGUAGCAGAACACUCACCGAUUCUGGCUUCUGCUCAUGAAAAUGGCUGUAUCUGCCUAUGGAGUAUUCAGGGAAACUUAGUGAAAGAACUUUUGCCAUUUUCAAAACAUUCUUCAGUUCCUGUGACAGCACUAUGUACAGACAUCUCCAUUAAAAUGCUUUUGGCAGGCAGUAAGGAGGGACAUAUUACGCGCUGGAGUAUUGCUUCAUUCUUAGAAGAUCCACAAAAUAGUAAAAAUCAAAUAAAGGUGGAGCUCUAUUGGAGGGCACACUCUAACAAAGUGGUUGACUUACUUCAUGAAGAGGAGAAAAAUGUGCUAGUGACAGCAUCCAUUGAUGGUUCAGUCAGGCUCUAGCAUGCCACGAACGGAUACUAUCUCGGUUACUUCGGACAACCUAGGAAGUUUGAAUUAUCAGAUAUCAGUUGGUUGAUUUUGCCUUGUGAUGUUAAUAACUUUCCUACUAUAAUUAAAGAGGAAAGCAAGCAUAUGGAAAAGAAGACGAAGUUUGAAUAUCCUCUAAUGCUGGACAGGGACAAGUGGAAGUCACAGACCAGAACACCUUCAGUUUUAAAAAAGCCUGAACAUGUGGACACAAUUCAGGACUUGAAGUUUUUCAAAGCUCUGGUUUCUCCAAAGAUCCAUAGACCACCUUUGGAAUGUUCUGAGACUGGAAACAGAGAGCCUGGUGCAGUAUUUGGAUAUCUUCCUAUAUAUGAGGUAAGCACAAGUGUUUCUUUUCUGCCUUUUGUGGUGGCAUUCAUACAAGCAGAAGCCAUUAGCACUAGUAAAAUAUUGCAAUCACGUACUCCGACAUUCUAUUGUUAA